CAGGGCCCUACGCCUGCAGGUUUUCAAAGACCAAUCAAUGUAUCUGUAUCAUUUGCCUGGGGAGGCGCGUAUACUACGAAAUUAUCAAUGAUCAAAUCUCAACACCAGGUCAUAUUCCCUUUGUCUUCAAUGUCCAAUCUUCUAGCAUGGUAUCUCUCGACGAACUGCACGAGGACAUUCUCCACCAACUCGCCCAGAUAUGCAACAAAUCAGACAUUCUCUCUCUCCGGCUUACAUCUCGCCGCCUUUUCACAUUAUUCGCCCCUUAUCUAGACCAGGUUCUCGUCUCCGAGAUCUGUGCCGGAACACACACCCACCUGCACCGCGCAGCGGCAGCACCACCACCACAAUCACCAGCCCAGGAUCCCUAUGAACACCGAAUCCUUGAGCGGUUAUUGAAAGCAAACGCACCCGCUCAUCAGCAUGACAAGAACUCCGAAACGGCACUCCACGCCGCAUCGCGCAGCGGGAAUCUGGCUGCAGUACACGCUCUCCUUGACGCUGGCGCGGAGGCAAAUGCUCUUUCUUAUCAUGGCUGGACUCCGCUGCGUCUCGCCUGUCGGUAUGGCCAUGCUGAUGUUGCCCGCGUAUUACUGGAUUCUGGGGCUGGGGCUCAUGAGUCAGGGAGCUUUGGGUGGACGGCGAUGCAAUACGUACUCUGGAAUGGACAUGAGGGGUGUAUGGAAGUACUGCGCGAAUAUGGAGUGACUAGUACCGAUGCUCUUACUGCGGUAGAUAGGGUGAAGCAGCAGUGGGGGGUAUACGAAUUUCCUAACUAGCCCUCCUAGGCCUAGUAAAAGCAUACUAUAUCCUAGAACGAGUUAUCCUGCCUCAGCAGCGCUACACUCCAAAGCCCGAAC